GCGCCCGCUCCCUGCCCGGCUCCUCCGCCUCAGUCGGUGUCAGACGCUCACACGGCCGGAGCUGCGGGAGCCGCGUCGGGCCCCGACGCCGGGGGAGAGCCGAGAGGAGCUCAGCGGAGCCGGGGGCGGAGGGAGGGAGAAGGCUGACAGAUAGUAGGGAGCCGGAGCCGGACCAUGGACGCGCCGCCGCGCCUCGACCCUGCCCUGGGCAGCCCGGCCAGCCCGUGCGAGGACGUGAUCAAGAACCUGAGCCUGGAGGCCAUCCAGCUGUGCGAGCGCGACGGAAACAAAUCACAAGAUAGUGGCAUAGCAGAAAUGGAGGAGCUUCCAGUUCCACACAACAUCAAAAUUAGUAAUAUCACAUGUGAUUCUUUCAAGAUUUCAUGGGAAAUGGAUUCCAAAUCAAAGGACCGGAUUACACACUAUUUCAUUGACUUGAACAAGAAAGAGAACAAAAAUUCUAACAAAUUUAAACACAAGGAUGUUCCCACCAAAUUGGUGGCCAAAGCUGUCCCCUUGCCCAUGACUGUGCGCGGACAUUGGUUCCUCAGCCCGAGGACCGAGUACACGGUCGCUGUGCAGACCGCCUCGAAGCAGGUGGAUGGGGAUUAUGUGGUGUCUGAGUGGAGUGAGAUCAUUGAGUUUUGCACAGCAGAUUAUUCAAAAGUUCACUUAACACAACUUUUGGAAAAAGCUGAAGUGAUUGCAGGACGCAUGCUUAAAUUUACCGUUUUUUACCGGAAUCAGCACAAAGAAUACUUCGACUACAUCCGAGAGCAGCACGGGAACGCCAUGCAGCCCUCCGUCAAGGACAACAGCGGCAGCCACGGGUCCCCCAUCAGUGGCAAGCUGGAAGGCAUCUUCUUCAGCUGCAGCACCGAGUUCAAUACCGGAAAGCCUCCCCAAGAUUCCCCUUAUGGCAGAUACAGGUUUGAGAUCGCGGCGGAGAAACUCUUUAACCCCAAUACCAACUUGUACUUUGGGGACUUCUACUGUAUGUACACGGCCUAUCACUACGUGAUCCUCGUCAUUGCUCCUGUCGGGUCACCGGGAGAUGAAUUCUGUAAGCAGCGCCUUCCUCAGCUCAAUUCUAAGGAUAAUAAAUUUCUGACCUGCACCGAAGAAGAUGGCACUCUGGUGUUCCACCAUGCCCAGGAUGUCAUUUUAGAAGUUAUUUACACUGACCCUGUGGAUCUCUCCCUUGGCACCGUGGCAGAGAUCACCGGUCACCAGCUCAUGAGCUUGUCUACUGCGAAUGCAAAGAAAGAUCCCAGCUGCAAAACCUGCAAUAUCAGCGUUGGACGCUAACACGCUCUCGCAGGUCCUUCUCCUCAGCCCUCCCGACACCUCCAGUCCUCCCCUAGGAGCAUCUGACCCUCUGUUGUCCAUUCUCCUUGCCAGGUGUUGUCCUCUGAAGCAUGUCCAUGCCGCUGUCACCAAAAGCAGGCAGCUCCGUCUCACAAUCUCUUUCAUAGCACUUUUAGUACUUCCUCUUCCCUCCCCUUCCCUUUGCUUAGAUGAUGAUAAAAGGUCCUGAGUUUUCCUUCCGGCACACUCGUUUAUGGCCUAGAUGCUGCAAUGUUUUUUCUUUUUCCUUUUUUGCCGAACGUAACAAAAUGAAUCUAUAUAGGCAGCUUUAGCAGAAUACAAAUUAAUGGCUUACAAAUGUUGUUUAAAUAUGCAUUCAUUUUAAUCUACUGAACAAAUAUUGGGAUAACUCCAAACAGCAUGAGAGGUUGUAAUCGCAGCAUGAGUUAAAAAUCUUGAAGCCUAGAAUUGUCAGCACUUCCAACUUGUUGUUUGACAGUGUUAUUUAUGUUAUUUAUAUUAGCUAACAGGAAACAACUACUGUGUUUCAACAUAAUAAAUAUAAUAGAAAAAUAUUUUAUUUGUACUGUUAUAUAAAAUAUUUACAAUCAUAUAGAAUAUAUAGAUUACAUUUUAAUAGCAAUUGUUCACGUCAUGAAACAACUUCCCCUUAUCAAAGACAUAGCUUGUAAAUCUCAAGUAAGUAGCUGUGUAUCUGUUCCUGUUAUUAUUAAGAGAUGGAUUUCAAUUAAACAAGUUUACGAAGGAGAUUAUUCUGAUUCAUAAAAGUUAUAAAACACCAAGUCGAUACACAGAAAACAACAAGCCAGGGAAACGAAAGCGUCCACUUGUGAAGUGGUCGAUGUCUUUCUCAUUCAGACUAUGAAAAUGUGAAUUUCUUCAGAAACAUGCUUGGAUGUUACAUACACUAGAAAUGCAAAUGUGAUUGAUUGGGACCAAAGGGAGGGUUGCCAUUUUACAUACUCCUGAGCAAAACAAAAAUGAACUGGGCCGUGUCGUUUCCAUACAGAGUGGCAAUCGACAACAUACACUCCAUGUGAUGUGACUGACAGGAUCCUCCUCUCUGGUCCUCUUCCCAAAAGCUCCAUUGCCCUGAAGCAUUUUCCUGUAUUAUGUUAGACAAUGGGGCAGACAAUCACAGAGCUCUUAAUUUUUGCCCAGAAACAAGAAAUCACAGCUUGGGAGGAAAUGCUUAGAUCUCACCAAGUUAGAGCGUUUACAUUUAGAACAUUAAGAAAAAUGCCUAUUUCCAAUGGAAAAAUAGUCAUAUAAUCCGAGU